AUGCCUGUCUCGACCUGGCUACCGCCGCCGCCCCCAGACCCCGACACACUGGUCAACCCAGCGCCCUUCGAACCCUUCCCCCUCAUCCAAUUACGCGCUGGCAAGAUCAAGAAGUCGCUUGGAAAUGGGAAGAUCGAGUCUGCCAUCAACAAAGGAUCGCUGACGGGUCCAGUCGAAAUCACCGAGCUUGGUAUUCCGACUGAUGAACAUGCAUUCCACCUGCAUGGCGGCCCGGACAAAGCGCUCCUCCACUACUGCACAUCGCAUUACGAUGAGUGGAAGAAGGAGCUACCCGCUUCAGAACCCCACUUCAAGCCCGGCGCUUUUGGCGAGAACCUCUUCAACACCGAAGUCAGCGAGAUGAACUUGUGCAUUGGGGAUCGACUAGCUAUCGGUGAAAUCAUCGUCGAAGUCAGCGAGCCACGAGGCCCCUGCUACAAGCUCAAUCAUCGCUUCGAAGUCAAAGACAUGGCCAAGCGCACACAGACUUUACUCCGAACAGGCUGGUUGUACCGUAUCAUCAAGACCGGUACCAUCACCGCCGGCGACAUGAUCUCCCUACUCGAGCGACCGCAUCCAGAGUGGACGAUAGCCAGGGUCAUGUACUACCUUUUCAUCGAGACAAAUAACGUGGAGAUGAUGAAGGAGAUCGUUCAGCUUCCACAACUCGGAUGGGACAUCAAGGGGAAAUUCCAAAAGCGUCUAGACAGAGGUAUUGUUGAAGACCACAAUAGCAGGUUGUUUGGUGGCGAGGACGAGAAGAUGGAUACGUGGAAUGAAUACCGUCUUGUUGAGAAACGGAGGGAAACGAGGGCUGUCACGGCCUUCAUCUUCGAAUCCACUGAAGACGUCCCAGAGCCGCCGCCCGUCGAGCCUGGAAGCCACGUGCGGCUAAAGCUUGGAGGAAAGUUGGUACGCGCCUACUCUAUUGUGAGUGGGAACUCAAAGCGGUUCGAGCUUGGUGUCGCUCUAGACCCAUCAAGUCGCGGUGGCUCCAAGUACCUUCACGAGCAGACCAAAGUUGGGGAUAUACUCACCAUUGGCCGUAUCACAGCAAGCUUCCCUCUCACCAAAGACGCAGAUCGACACAUCAUCAUCGCGGGCGGCAUUGGCAUCACAGCCUUCAUGACAGCCUUUAGUUAUCUCCAAGAAGCGAACCAAGACUUUCAUCUCCACUACGCCGUCGCAGAAGAAGUACCCUUCGCCUCUCAAAUCGCCGCUCUUGGAUCCAAAGCAACGAUCUACAACAAAUCCAAAGGCCAGCGUCUGAACUUGACCGCUAUCUUUGCAAAAGCCGACCAUCAAACCCACAUCUACACCUGCGGUCCCACACGUCUCAUGGACGCCGUUAUCGCUAUCGCCAAAUCCUACGGUAUACCAGAGUCCUCUGUACACAUCGAAGCUUUCACUGUAGCUACAUCUGGCGAUCCGUUUACUGCGGAACUCAAGCAGAGCGGGAAGACGGUGGAGAUAGGACCUACGGAGUCGCUGCUUGAUGCGCUGAAGGCUGUGGGUAUGGAUAUCGAUAGCUCGUGCGAGGUGGGUAACUGCGGGACGUGCAGGGUGGAUGUUUGUGGUGGGCGGGUGGAACAUCGGGGUACGGGUUUGAUGGAUGAGGAAAAGGAGGCGAGUAUGCUGAGUUGUGUUAGUAGGGGGGUUGGGAGGAUUGUGCUGGACCUGUAG